AUGGCCCCAAAAGAGACUGUCCGACACAGGAAGGCCGUCAGAAGGAACAUUGGCUCUUUGCUGACGAAAUGCGAGGACUACAGCAACCUCGGCAACAUCGAAGUCGCGCUCUAUGUCUUUUUCCCCGAUGACGGUGGUUUUGUAUCAUACGAGUCGACAGACCUGCAUUGGCGUCAGGAUAUCGAAGCCAAGAAAAGCAGCACGCAGCCAACGCUUCACCUACCGGAGAACCUCAAGAAAUGCAUCGGUCAGAAAGUGACGGGCUUCUAUUUCAAGCAGAAGCGAGGCCGCCUUCCUGGGGUGAACAAGACAGGCAUGGCGGGCAAGUCGGACAUGACGGGAAAGGCGGACAUGACGAGCAAGACGGGCACGGCCAUGGGGCAUCAAACUGGGGUCCCAACGAGGUGGACUAGGUCUCUGGCCCGUGCUGGUCCAGCAAACAGGAGGCAGACGGGCCGACGUGUGGGCUGUGCUUUCCCCGCCAUGCCAGAUCUACGGAUUGGAAGCUUACAGCCGCGGGGGACCAUUGUUUGCGCGAGCUGA